AUGCCUGCAGCUGAAUCCUCUUUAGGACACGAUCCUUGGCUAAGCAGAGCUGAAAAACCUAAACCUGUACUCAGGUCAGACCUUAAUGGAGCUGCACUGACAGGAAACUCAGUGACUCUGACCUGUACACUGAAACUGCAGUCUGCUGGAUGGAAGUUUUACUGGAUUAAAGACACACAGAGCACGAAGACUGACACACACUCCAACACCAUCAGAUCAGUUAGAGUCUCUGAUGGAGGUCAGUACAAGUGCAGAGCUGGAAGAGGAAACCCAGUAUACUACACACACUACAGUGAUGCACUCUGGGUAAAUGUUACUGUGAGUCCUAAACCUGUGGUGAUUAUAAAGCCUGAUACACAGGUGUACAGAGGAGAGACAGUGACUUUCAGGUGUAACAUCCAGACAGGAGGAGACACUGAGUGGACAUAUGAGUGGUAUAGAGACGGUCACACAAUCUCCCCAUACAGCACAGCACAGGAGUUUACAGGUUAUUACUCCAGUGUUAAAUACACCUGCAGAGGGAGGAGAAGAGACUCUCAGCUCUCAGAGAUCAGUGAUCCUGUUACACUCUCUGUAUCAGAAAAACCCAAAGCUGUGAUCACAUCAAGUCCUAAAGGAGACGUCCUGUCAGGAAACUCAGUGACUCUGACCUGUACACUGAAUGUGCAGUCUGCUGGAUGGAAGUUUUACUGGAUCACACCCACACAGAGCACUGAGACUGAGACUGCAGCACAGUACUACUACUACUCCUACUCCUACUCCCAUCACUACAUCAGAUCAGUUAGUGUCUCUGAUGGAGGUCAGUACAGGUGCAGAGCUGGAAGAGGAAACCCAGUCUACUACACACACUACAGUGAUGCACUCUGGGUAAAGGUUACUGAGAUUAAACCUGUGGUGAUUAUAAAGCCUGAUACACAGGUGUACAGAGGAGAGAGAGUGACUUUCAGGUGUAACAUACAGACAGGAGGAGACACUGAGUGGACAUAUGAGUGGUAUAGAGACGGUAAAACAUUCUACCCAUACAGCACAGCACAGGAGUUUACAGAUAAUUAUUACUCCAGUGGUAAAUACACCUGCAGAGGGAGGAGAAGAGACUCUCAGCUCUCACAGAUCAGUGAUCCUCUUACACUCUCUGUAUCAGAAAAACCUGAACCUGUGAUCACAUCAAGUCCUGAAGGAGACGUCCUGACAGGAAACUCAGUGACUCUGACCUGUACACUGAAUGUGCAGUCUGCUGGAUGGAAGUUUUACUGGAUUAAAGACUCCCAAUACCUUAAGACUGAGACUGAAACAAACUCCUACACCAUCAACCCAGUUAGUGUCUCUGAUAGAGGUCGAUACAGUUGCUAUGCUAGAAGAGAAAACGCAGAGUACUCCACAUACCCCAGUGAUGAACUCUGGGUAAAUGUUAUUGAAAGGAUUAAACCUGUGGUGAUUAUAAAGCCUGAUACACAGGUGUACAGAGGAGAGACAGUGACUUUCAGGUGUGACAUGAAGACAGGAGGAGACACUGAGUGGACAUAUGAGUGGUAUAGAGACUGUUACCCAUUCUACCCAUACAGCACAGCACAGGAGUUUACAGACACAGCUUAUUAUUACUCCAGUGUUAAAUACACCUGCAGAGGGACGAGGAGAAGAGACUCUCAGCUCUCACAGAUCAGUGAUCCUGUUACACUCUCUGUAUCAGAAAAACCUAAACCUGAUCUCACAUCAAACCUUAAAGGAGCUGCACUGACAGGAAACUCAGUGACUCUGACCUGUACACUGAAUGUGCAGUCUGCUGGAUGGAGGUUUUACUGGAUCACACCCACACAGAGUAACGAGACUGAGACUAAAACAUUUCAUUACUUUAUCAGAUCAGUUAGAGUCUCUGAUGGAGGUCAGUACAGGUGCAGAGCUGGAAGAGGAAACCCAGUCUACUACACAAACGACAGUGAUGCACUCUGGGUAAAUGUUACUGUGAGUCCUAAACCUGUGGUGAUUAUAAAGGUGUACAGAGGAGAGAGAGUGACUUUCAGGUGUGACACACAGACAGGAGGAAACACUGAGUGGACAUACAGCUGGUAUAAGAAUAAUAACACACAGCUACGAUACACAACACAGGAGUUGAUCAUCAGCUCAGUUGGAGACUCUGACGGGGGUAAAUACACCUGCAGAGGGACAAGAGACUCUCAGCUCUCACAGAUCAGUGAUCCUCUUACACUCUCUGUAUCAGAAAAACCUCAACCUGUGAUCACAUCAAGCCCUGAAGGAGACGUCCUGACAGGAAACUCAGUGACUCUGACCUGUACACUGAAUGUGCAGUCUGCUGGAUGGAAGUUUUACUGGUAUAAAGAUCGCUAUCACCUUAAGACUGAGACUACAAACUCCUACACCAUCAACCCAGUUAGUGUCUCUGAUGGAGGUCGAUACAGUUGCUAUGUUGGAAGAGAAAACCCAGAGUACUCCAGUAAUGAAUUCUGGGUAAAUGUUAUUGUCGUGAAGUGGCGUUUGAGUCUGCUAAAUCGCUUUUAUGUAGUGCACCUGUCUUUUUCGAGGGCUUUUAAACUUGAGGUGGACAAGAAGUUUACCAAUAUGAAGUUGUGUAUUUAUUUUAAUUUAUUCCCCCUUACAGAGAAUAAACCUGUGGUGAUUAUAAAGCCUGAUACACAGCUGUACAGAGGAGAGAGAGUGACUUUCAGGUGUGACACACUGACAGGAGGAGACACUGAGUGGACAUACAGCUGGUAUAAGAAUAAUAACACACAGCUACGAGACACAACACAGGAGGUGAUCAUCAGCUCAGUUAGAGACUCUGACGGGGGUAAAUACACCUGCAGAGGGAGGAGAAGAGACUCUCAGCUCUCACAGAUCAGUGAUCCUGUUACACUCUCUGUAUCAGAAAAACCUCAACCUGAACUCACAUCAAGUCCUAAAGGAGACGUCCUGAAAGGAAACUCAGUGACUCUGACCUGUAGACUGAAUGUGCAGUCUGCUGGAUGGAAGUUUUACUGGAUCACACCCACACAGAGCACUGAGAUUGAUACUGCAGCACAGUACUACUACCCCUACUCCUACACCAUUAGAUUAGUUAGAGUCUCUGAUGGAGGUCAGUACACUGAAAAAAUGUACAGGUGCAGAGCUGGAAGAGGAAACCCAGUCUACUACACACACUACAGUGAUGCACUCUGGGUAAAGGUUACUGGUGAGUAAGAGACUUUCUUUGGAUCUCCUCCAGUGUCUCUGAUCAUCAGUCCCAGCAGAACUCAACACUUUACUGCUGACUCUCUCUCACUGAGCUGUGAGGACCAGAGAGACUCUACUGGAUGGACAGUGAGACGAUACACAUACAAUGAGAGGAUACUCACACAGUUAGAUUGUUCAUCAGUUUCAGGAUCUACAUGUUACAUCAGCUCCCUCUCUACAUCACACACUGGAGUUUACUGGUGUCAGUCUGAAUCUGGAGGACGCAGUAAUUCUCUCAACAUCACAGUGCACAAUGGUGAUGUGAUCCUGGAGAGUCCUGUCCAUCCUGUAACUGAGGGAAAUCCUCUGACUUUACGCUGUUUAUAUCGCAACACAAAGAUCUCAGACUCUGGUGCUGAUUUCUAUAAAGAUGAUUCAGUUCUCCAGAAGCAGACUACAGGAGAGAUGACCAUCAGUGUCUCAAAGUCAGAUGAAGGUUUCUACCACUGUACACACCCAGAGAGAGGAGAGUCACCCAAAAGCUGGGUUUCAGUCAGAGUUCUCUCACAUGGAAAAGCUCCACUGUCAGUACUGAAGAUCCUCAGCAGUGUGGUAGCGGCCUCUCCGUAUGUCCUGGUGACCAUCAUUCUGGCAGUGAAAUGUUACAGAGCUCGAACUAAACCUACUGAGGACAUCACACCCUACAGAGUGAUAGAGGCUGAAGUGUCUUUAUGAAUCUCAGGUUUUUAUAUUUAUAUUAUUUAUAUAAAGUACCUAUAAAAAGCUACAUCUUCAAAUGCAAUAGUGAACACAUUCACGUAUGUGAUCUG